AUGAACAAUUCACAGUAUAUUACCUUCUUGAGCGCUGCAAAAGCAUUCCUUAGUACUGACCCAACCAUUGAUACAACGAUCGCCUACGCAAAUAGUCUACAAAUAAAUUUAAAUAUUGAUUAUACUCGUUUGCAUACAUACAAACCCACAAAUAUCACGACGGAUAGUGGCGCUAACCUGUUCCUCCCUAAAGAAUUCAAACAUUUUGUCUGUGGUGAAUCAACCGCUAAUGGGUCCUGCUUAUACAAUUCCGCUUCCAUCAUUCUACAAGGUGACGAAUCAUUGAGUUUAGCAUUGCGCGCAGGCACAGUCUCGGAAUUAAUGAUGAAUGCUGAAUAUUAUCUCCAACUUGAGCCGUUUCAACGAGACUGGGCCUGGUCUGAUGUAGCAAUACGGACACAUUUUCAGAGAGAUGACCGAUAUAUCAAGGCUGCAUAUUAUAAAGCUGAAAUAAAAGCUAUGUGCUCAAUAAACUCAUACUCACCGCUGUUGGCCAUCUACGGUUUAUCAGAAUACAUCCAGCAUCCAGUUUAUUCCAUUUUCCCUGAUAUUGGUAAUAAUAGCGACCUACGGAGGAUAUACAAUCAGAAAAUUUUGCCUCGAUCUCAGUCUGCUGACAUUGUUGACAUUCCUCCGCUCCAUAUAAUGUGGGUGAAUAUUGGGGUUCGUACAGCAAAAGAUUUCGAGCAAUGGUGUAAAGGACCGCUGCCACAUACAAAUCACUUCGUUCCCGUUUUCAACCCACCGUUAAUCGAAAAUCCAGAUUUGAUUGUCACUCCAAUUCCACGUCAACAGCAACAUUUACCUCUCAGCAAGGAUUCAAAGGAAAGUCCAGCAGUUGAUGAACAUAACAUAGAACAACGUAAUUAUGUAGGAGCGUUAAUGGCAGGAAUAGAUCCAACAUUACGAUUAAACACCAAAACAGGAGAUAAAUGCGUAACUUACGAACCUGCUAAGAAUACGGUAUGUUUACUUACACGGGAAGAGAUCUUGCAGAAAUUAGUCUAUUUCGAUCUUUUUCAAAACAUGUACUGUUGGCGUGUAUCGUCCAUCUCGCACACAUGGUUAAUAAACAUAUUGCAGAAAGAGCCAAGUUUUCCAGCACAAGUGGCUCCUGUCAUCAGUCGAACGAGAGAAAACAGAAAAACUCUCACAAAAUACUUCUACUGUGCAGGGUGUGUUAUCUCUACAAAAUCGAGUGGGAAAUUCAAUAUUUCAGUAAAAGAAUUAGCUACUGAACAAUCAUAUGUACAGUUGAACGUUAUUUUCUCAAAGGAUCAGUGUACCUGCACACAUCUUAUUGGUGUCACUUAUGGCCAAACUCGGGGACUCUCUAGACAGCUUCUCAAUGCGGAAGAAAAUCUCCCGCGGCAAAUGCAAUCAAAAGCUCUGUCAGGGUUAACACCAGAAAGAAUACUUACUGGAAACCGCCAACAUGUUCCAACCGCCAAAGCCGCCAAACAAUUACGGUACUCUACAAAUCCAAGUAAAGAGUACAGUAUUGCAGAACGAUUUAUAGAUGCAAUACAAAAAAUUAAUGAGAAGGAAAAAGCCGAUUUCAUUGCAAAAAAUGGAGCUGAUGCAGCCCGAAACAGACUAUUAACUGGACACAUACAAAAGCCAUUGCAACUUGACCCGCUUGCAGUAAAUCUAUAUAAUGAAGCAUCGAUACAGUAUUGCCAUCAUUUUGCACAAAAUAAUCCCGGUUUGUUCAUAGACUACACAGGUUUAAUGAUACGUGACGUAUUCAAACUUCUACGAGAAAAGCCAGCGGAAGUUGAAGAAAGAACAAAAAAAGUUCUCAAUGCUAUGUUGACAAUACCUUCUGCAGAUUCCACAACAGAUGGCAUAGCACCACCAGUGCUGGCAGCUGAAUUUAUCACGACAGACUUGUCAGCUGAACAUUUGACAACUGCUCUACAUUAUUUCCGUAGACAAGAAUAUGAGAUGUUCCGGUCAAACACGGUGCCUUAUUUAGUACAAUCGGAUUGUGCACGUGGAAUACUUCGUGCCACCCUUGCAGAAUACAAUGAUGAAUCUCCCAAUGAAUAUUUACAACGACUUACCAUGGAUGCCAUUGAGAACAAGGAAUCAGAUCCAAGGAAAGUCAUUAUUGCUUGGUGUUAUGCACACUGUACAAG